GCACCGAACGCCUGCAGGGCUGGGUUUUUUUUUCUUCUUUGUCUCCGUUCCGGGCGGGCGGCGGAGCUGUAAACAACGGGUGUCGGCCUGCGAAAAUAGUUGUUGCGCCCGGCUAAAGGAGCGGAAAAGGUGCCGGGCCUGAGGAACGUCACUUCCGCCCGCCAUUUCAGCCGGCGCCUGCCCGCCGCUGCCGCGCCGCCAUGACGGACCGCUACACGAUCCACAGCCAGCUGGAGCACCUGCAGUCCAAGUACAUCGGGACGGGCCACGCCGACACCACCAAGUGGGAGUGGCUGGUGAACCAGCACCGGGACUCGUACUGCUCCUACAUGGGCCACUUCGACCUGCUCAACUACUUCGCCAUCGCCGAGAACGAGAGCAAGGCGCGCGUCCGCUUCAACCUGAUGGAGAAGAUGCUGCAGCCGUGCGGGCCGCCCGCCGACAAGCCCGACGAGUCGUAGCCCGCCCCGCCCGGCUCCCCGCUGCGGCCCCGGGGCGGCGGGCGGGCUGGCCGGAGCGAGGGCGGGCAGCUCCCGGCGGGGCUCCGCUGCGGUGGCGUGGCUGCCGCCGAGGCUGGGCCCCGCGCCGCUGCGCUGCCCCUGCGCGCCCGGGAGCUCCCGGGAGCUGCCUCUCUGAGCGCCCCCGGGAGCGCUGGCGGCUGCGGCCGCCGUCCUUGUGUCCCUCCUCGUCCUCGUGUGUUGUUCCCUCGAAGGGCCCUGACGGCGAGAAGCCUUGCGAAAUGCCCGGUCUUGGACAGCUUCCGCUCUUAAAAAUGUACAGCUGUUCGUAUUUUUUUUUUAAUGGACAAUAAUAAAACUUAUUGGGCGUUUCUAA